CACAUAUCUAAUUGCUGGGUUCCAUCUCUGCCAUCAGCUGGCACAUUACGUGAACCUCGAAGAGAUUUUUAAAAAACAAUAAAUUGGAAUCAAAAUGAAUCAAGCCGAUGUCAGCAAGCUAAUGUCGCAGCUGCGAAUUGCAGUGCGACCCAACAAAAGGCAUUUAAAGAACGCAGAUGGACCAGAGGGUCGCUUACUGAAGCUGAGAAAAACAGUAACAGCGUUGGUCAAGCACGAGAGGAUUGAACUAUUCUACAAUAGAGCAGAUGAGGCGCGUGGCUAUGCGGAAUUACUAAUUUCAAAUGCAAUACGUCAUGGUGAUCGGCACAAGUCAACUAUGGAGAUGGCAGACUAUUGGCUGUUGGAAAAGCAACUAGUACACAAGCUGUUUAAGGUGCUGGUGCCACGAUAUGAGAACUACAAUAUAUCUUAUACACGCAUGUUUAAGGCUCCUCGCGACUAUCCCGGCAUUUACUACAGAAAAUCUGUGUUGGAGCUGCGCGGCAAUCCCUAUCCUGUGUUGACGCCGGAUAAUUCCCAAAACCGCAAUCUGUUGCACAAUGUGCUGCUGGAUGAGGCACGCAAGGAAUUCCGACGUGAGAAGCUCACAAAUUUGGCACAAAAACUUGCAACAGAGAUGGACAAAGUGAAUCCUGGCUUAACCUCCACAUCAGACCACACAACAAAUGCCACAGAGCAGCAAUAUUCACAGGGUGAACAGCCGGAAACAAAACUAUGAGCGUUAAUUGUUAGUAAAAAGAGAUAAAAUUAAAUUUUUCUA